ACCCAAAGUUCCACUUUCUCACUUACGGACACACACAAAACCUCUCCUUUUCAUAAGAAGGCCAAGCAAUUCACAGUCUCGAAGACUCUGAGAGAGAGAGCGCCAAUGGAGGAGGAGGUAGGAGGAGAAGAGUACUUGUUCAAGGUGGUGCUGAUAGGAGACUCGGCAGUGGGCAAGUCGAACCUGCUCUCGCGGUUCGCUCGAAACGAGUUCGACCCCAACAACAAGGCCACAAUUGGGGUUGAGUUUCUGACCCAGGAGUUGGAAAUCGAUGGAAAAAUGGUGAAGGCCCAGAUCUGGGACACUGCUGGUCAAGAACGCUUCAGGGCUGUGACCUCUGCUUACUAUAGAGGCGCUGUUGGUGCUCUUAUUGUCUAUGAUAUCAGUAGGAAGACCACCUUUGAGAGUGUCGAGCGCUGGCUCGAUGAGCUUACCACUCAUUGCGAAACAACAGUAGCAAGGAUGUUGGUAGGAAAUAAGUGUGAUUUGGAGGAUAUCAGGGAUGUGAGCGUGGAAGAUGGCAAAAGCCUUGCAGAAGAAGAAGGCCUAUUCUUCAUGGAGACUUCUGCACUGAAUGCUACCAACGUUCAAACGGCUUUCGAGAUGGUUAUCCGGGAGAUUUACAACAAUGUCAGCAGGAAAGUCCUCAAUUCCGAUUCCUACAAGGCCGAGUUAUCUGUCAAUCGAGUAAGCCUGGUGAAAAAUGGGGCAGACUCAAGGAAAGGUCGGAUGAAUCUCUCGUGUUGUGCCGGAUGAUCUCUCUCUAUUACUCAAGUUUCACAUUUCUCUUUAGACUGUUCUUUCUCCCCAGCCCUAAACAAAUAUUUCUAUCCUGGUUAUCUUUUGGGUGGUGCUAGGGUUAUUGAUGUUUGAGCUUGUCAUUCACAAAUCUGUCAUUGGGGAUUAGCCAUCAAUAAGAAUAUUUUUUUUUUCUUUAAUUUGAAGUUCUUAUUGUGUUGUGAGUCCUGGGAGUAAAUUCAACAAUAGGUUUCAGUGAUGAAGGAGCAGGUAUACAUACGAGUAUGGGAAACACCCACAUGUUUCUCCCAAAAUCUGAUUUUUGAACAAUUUGAGAUCUUUAUGUUGGAUUGGAAUUUAAGCAUGUUUGAGAUGUAUAUUACUUUUUAUAAAUUGGGUUAAUUUCAAUUUAGUA